GAUAAUAUUGAAAAGAAAUUGGAAGAUUGUGUUUAUCCGGUUUCUGAUCUGAACUAUAUACGUACGUAGGUAGGAGAGAUCAAUAUAUAUCAGAUGGCUGGAACAACAAAUGAGGAGGAAGAUGAGGUGUUUCGUACCCUAGAGCUGAUACGGGAGCACCUCCUCGGGGACUUCACCCACACUGAUUCCUUCAUCUCCGCCUUGGUCUACGCCGCCUUCCCUGAGGAAGAAGAAUUGGUCCAGCUGCAGCAGAAUAAUAAUAAUAAUAAUAAUAUAAAACCAGAAGAAGAAGAAGAAGAAGAAGAAGAAGAAGAAAUGUUAGUUCAUGAUCCAGCAGCAGCAGCAGCAGCUUCGUCUACUACUACUACUACUAAGAAGAGACGGUACAGGGGGGUUAGGAAGCGGCCGUGGGGGACAUUCGCGGCUGAGAUCCGAGACCCUAACCGGAAAGGGUGCAGGGUAUGGCUAGGAACUUAUGAAACAGACGUAGAGGCAGCCCGAGCUUAUGAUUUUGCCGCCUUUAAGAUGAGAGGGGUAAAGGCCACAUUGAACUUUCCUUUGGAAGCCGGAAAGUCGCAACCGCCGCCCUCACAUAACAGCCGGAAGAAGAGACGCUAUCUUCACAACCCCAAGGGGUUACGUACUUAGUUAUAACCUACCUACCUACCUAGACCCGCUCUUCUUCCCUCUAAUUAAUUAAUUAAUUAAUUAAUCAUCAACAGCUAGCAACAACGUUAAUAAUCAGGUCGCGUCGGCCUUCUUUCUUAAAAGCGUUGUCGGUUGAUAAGGAGUUAAUUAUUAAUUAUAUAUCCAUUAGUAGUAAUAGUAGUAGUAGUACGUAGUUUAUAUAUAUAUGUUUUCUAAUAAGUAGCUCCUUGUUAAUAAAGGAGCCCCAGUUUAUCAUCUUUUCAAGUAUCUCCAUCAUAUAUAUAUAUAUAUAUAUAUGUAUGGCAUAAUGCAUGCAUAUAUACAUUUUGCUAAUUGUUUACUUCUGGCUUCAUUCA